AUGUCAGAGACCCCCAGCACACCCCAAGGCGAAGCGAGUUCGACGCAGCCUCUGCCACCGCAGCAACUCAAUCGCUCCUGUGAAUCAUGCCGCAGCCUCAAAGUGCGAUGUUUGCCAAACCCCUCCACGCCAAAUCAAUGCCAACGAUGUGCAAAGAGCAAAAAGGCAUGUGUCUUCGUUGCACCGCAACGGCGGCGGCCGCGCAAGAGAACCGAUUCGAGAGUGGCUCAACUGGAGAAAGAGAUGCGCAUGAUGCGUUCGCUGCUCAAGGAUCGGAUUCGUGAAGAGAGUGAGCCGGAGUCGCCCGACGGCAGCGAGGGCUCGCUGGACGAGUCGGGUGAAAUGGAUGUUCACGAUCUGAGUUCAAUGCCCGAAGCCCCAGCGAGCGCCACGGGCUCAGGCAAGUACAUGGACUUUUCGCCCGACUUGGGAAAUGCGACAAACGCACUGGUCAACCCUCGUGGACUUUCAACCACCCCAUCCUUGUCAGGCUUGCAUCUGAAUCACCCAGUGGAGAACCAGCAGGCGCCAUCGAACGACGUGGUCGACCGUGGAGUGAUUUCACCGGAUGACGCGGAGCAACUAGUGGCCUUUUUCAUUCACGAGCUGGCAUCCUUCUUUCCAUUGGUGGUUUUGCCGCAAGACACCACAGCAGCGCAAUUGCGACAGAACAAGCCUGUGCUAUUUCUCUCGGUGAUAUCGGCGGCCGCAAUCUCUGUAGACGCGGGGUUGGCCGGGGUCCUGAAUCGUGAGAUGGUUCGAUUGUAUGCGGAGCGGUUUUUCAUCGACGGCGAAAAAUCACUGGAACUGGUGCAAUCGCUGCUCAUCAUGAUUAUCUUCUACUUCCCGCCUGCGUCGCCUCUGAAAUUGCAGUAUUAUCAAUAUACGCAUAUUGCUUCCACGAUGGCUUUGGAGAUUGGAUUGGCCACGAAAAGGCGUGUCUCGAAGAAGCGGUCGGAUCGGCAAAGUCGAAACGAUCCACACGACGAGCUCAUGGCCGAACAGGCUCGGGCGGUGCUGGGCUGUUACCAUCUAAGCUCGACGGUGGCAAUGAAAACUCGCCGACCCAAUCUCCUUCAAUUCAACGACUGGAUGAGCGAGUGUGUUCAACAACUAGGGCGUUCGCCGCAUUGGGCAGACCAACAUCUAGCUGUAUGGUUUGAGUUGCAACGGAUCACCGAUGAGGCCAUGUCUUCAUUCGGUUUAGACGACACGAGUGCAUCCUCGCCGCUGACAGAAUCCCGGGUUCAAGCCGUCCUGCGAUGGUUCGACAAACGAAUGGAGGGAUGGAGAAAGAGCACCCCUGAUGACAUGCUCACAGUUCCCAUGAUCCUCGAGUAUCGGUCUGCCGUGGUAGCCAUGUAUGAACUUGGUGUGGGAGAAGGCUACCGGGAUCCGGAGUCGAUCAAGAACCGAUAUUUUGUGCUUCCUCCUCUCGACAGAAGUGAUGGCGAUCGGUCACCGGGAUCGCAACUGAGUGCGAUCCGGAUAGACAUAACCGUGAAGUGGAUGGUUGCUGCCCAGGAAUUGCUUGACGCCAUCCUAACCUGCAGCGUGGAAACAAUGCGCAGGAUGCCCAACCUCACAUAUACUCGGUUUGGAACGGCAAUGACAGCAUUGCUCAAAAUCCAUUUCUCGGUACGGACAGGCGCUCUCGGCGAGGUGGUCACUUCAGAGUCGGUAAACGUGGGCUAUUAUCUUGACGCAAUCACACAUAAAUUGGGCGAGGCGAGCAGGGGUGGAAAAUAUAAGAUACCCAGUCGAUGGUAUCAAGUGAUCGCGGUCAGAGGUCGUGACUGGUUCGAACGGCUGGAGAAGCGAUACGCUGGGGGUGCGUUCCACGAGACCGAAUCUGCGACUGCGUCACAAGGUCCGCCAGCGAGUAAUAGAACAACGAGUCUGGCAGGUCAACUGCCAGGAUCACAAGAGGCACCCAUGCACCUCGGUCAUUCGAUCACGCCAUCGGGUCCGGAGUCUUAUGGGCUGAUGCACGGUAUGCCGCUCAUGGGGCCGCCUGGCACGGAGCAGAUACGCGAGGAAUAUAUGGCAGUCCAUAGCGGCACGGGAAUGUGGCCGAUGGACGGAGGACAGGGACACGGCCAAAGCGGGCCUGGUCAGGGCCAGUUCUAUACAGCACUUCCUCCGGGCUACCACCCAGCUCCUCCUGCACAUAGCGGAACAGUGUCCCCUCAAGUCGGGUACGAGCCGCAACGAAUGCACCAUCCUGUUGGAGGCCCGAUGCACAACACCGGCAUGGAAUUGGAUGGAUGGCUCCCAGAUGGGAGCAUCUUCGGCAUGCCUCCGUUGCCGGAGUUUUGA